UAUGUGCAAAUAUUUUAAAAAACGACUUAAAAUUGAAGGAUAUACCAAAGUUGAUAAAGAUAAGUAUGAAAUUUUGUGCACAAAAUAUUGAAAAUGGGUACAGCGUAACCAGAAAUAAUUGAUCAGAGUCACUGCAAUGGCAAGAAAAAUAUUGGAAGUGCCGUUGGGAUGGGAUGGGUCCUCUGUCUCUUUGGGCUGCAAUUGUGCAGACGCACUACAGUCACAGUGGCAACAAGAAAUUAUUGAUCACAGUGAUUAGACUACCGGUACGGCCGUUGUCGGUGGUAGUGAAAUGGAAUCCAUAUGUAGCCGCUACUGCCUCUAAUUUCAGCGGAGUGCAAAGGCAAAAAAAGGAAGGAAGCAAGAACCCCAACACCCCUCUUCUCCCACAACCACCGAUAUUCCUGAGUACGCUACCACCGGUAACCUCCAAACCAAGGGUCGCCGGUGUUAGGCAGAGGAGGAGAAGUUUAAUAGGGGUUCUUCAUCCAAGGGCAGAAAUAGUCGACACGCAUGGCUGGUGCAGUUCACGCGCCACCUCCUCCGUCAUCCUCCUCCACUUCUCCUCCGUCGCCGGCGAUGGAUGUCUACGUAGCUCAAGGUAGGAGUCCAACCCUAUCCGGCGCUUGCUUUAACUGCAAUCAACCGGGGCAUUGGGCCAGAAAUUGUCCUGCCAAAGCCAAGGCCAAGGCCAAAGCAAACCCGUCCCCUGACCCUGAGUGCGAUUUACCGGUAGUUCGAUGCCCCUGUGGCCGCGGUGCUUGUAUUGUCAAGACUACCAGAAAACAGAAUGAUCACUUAAGUUGGAAGUUUUAUGGUUGCCCUGGGAAUGCCCACCCGCCGUACGACGAAGGCUGCAGGUUCUUCAAGUGGGUACAUGAUGUUGUGCCAAUCGACGUUCCUUACUGUUCCUGUCGUGCUGGGAAAUGUAGUCUCAACAAAGACUCGACGGGUCGAUGGUACUUUGCCUGCAGAAUUAAAAAGGGUUUCGGAGCUUGUGAAUUUUCUCAAAUGGCCGAUCGUCAUGUAACUGAAAUAAUGAAUAGGACGCGUUCUAAUCCUAGUACUGAUAACAGUCUAUCUAGGCCUAACCGAAGUGAAUCUUCAAAUGCCGAGAUGGAUGUUGAAGUCACAGAUGUUAUUGACUUAGCCAUGGAAGAAGGAGAGUCUGUGGAUCCCAUAAUAGAUAAUGGGGUUUCAGUUCCUUAUACAACCUCUGAUAUUUGUAUCCAGCUAACAGAAACUCAGAGGCUCAUUUCUGUUUCAGGAGGUGCAUUUAAACAAGAAAUCAUUUAUCAGAUUCUAUAUGAUCAUGCACAUGGUUGGUUGAGCAAGCUUGCAUUUUCUCCUUCCCAGAGCCUCAAAGAUGCUGCAGCUGUGCGUUGUGUUUUCCCGUCUUUUGAUCUAUUUGCACAUGAGUUUGUUGCUGUUGUGCCAAUUAAUGGAGGUUCGGUCAUGCAAUCCCAAAAGCAAGUUCACUCGUUAGCUAGACAAAUGUCGAGGCGAGUUUCUUCAGAACCUUCUAGUAUGACCGAAAUGCAAGACAAAUGUUUCCCGAGGGUGUUGUUGAAGUCAUACGGCAAAGCCCUGCUCGAUGUUCUUGGGUCCUUGGGGCCAGCCGACCAUGAAAGAAUGAUAAAGCUGGCAGACGACACCUUUCACAUAUGGCGUUCUAAUUUGGUCGAGUAUGAGCCAUUCUCCCACAGUGUGAAUGAAUACAUUGAGCAUGCAUCAAGAUUGGCAUGGAUAGAUGAGUUAAUUCAUGGAAAGCCUUCUAGCCAGGAACUCUUGGAUCUUUAUCAUGAGGAGAAAGCUCGGUUUGAUGGUAUAUCUGAACUCCAUGCUGAUGCUGUUGCUGCACACAGGUCCUCCAGUUUUAAAUACGAGUCUCUUUCUAAAGAGGUGGAACGGAUGAGGAAUGAACUUCUUAGAAUGGAGCAAGAACUGGCUUAUCAUGAGGUGAAGACUCAAGAAGACCAUGCCCAUGUGGUCAAGAUAUCAGAAGACAUGGAAGAAUCUAAGAAAACCAUGGAGAAUGCACAUGAAAUGAUGGAUGAGGUCAUAAAACUUGAACAGGAGAAGGAAUCUUUGCUCGAGGACAUGAGUACUGCACUUGCAAUUGCAGCAGUCCAACUGGAAGAGUGAGUUAUCGAGCAAGUUUCGGUGAUGAGUUUAGGGUUGAAUUUGAGCGACUAUGCAUUGGUUGAGGAAUCUUUGCUCGAGGACAUGAGUACUGCACUUGCAAUUGCAGCAGUCCAACUGGAAGAGUGAGUUAUCGAGCAAGUUUCGGUGAUGAGUUUAGGGUUGAAUUUGAGCGACUAUGUAUUGGUUGCUCGAGUAGUUAGCUGUAUUAGAUUUUUGUGAUUCUUGGUGUAUGUAAGUUGAUUGUUCUGCUCUAGGUUUGUUGCUGGUCUAUGUCACUUCUGUCUUCGUGUUGUGGAUGUACAGUGUCUUGAAGAACCUCACGGAAAAUAAGUAAAAGUGUAUUAGAUGCCUGAUGCUGCCUUGAAGGAGUCUGAAAUACUCGCGAAGUAAACUGGCUGAUUGAGGAAGACAUCUAUGUAAUUUGUACUUGGUAAUGUGUUAUGCAUCUUCUGUUACUAUGAGUUCCAACUCUCAGCCAUUUCUCCCAACUCUGCUACUAUUUGUAUAUGCCACACUUGUAGGAAUGGUUAUGGGCAGAUUCAUGACGCGAUACCUAUACUGGCCUCAUAGCAAGUCAGUUCUAGGUAAUGCAAUUUAUCACGAGGUGCGAAUCGGAAUAGGUAGAUUCGUAGGAAUAUAUAAUUUAAAAGGAA